GACCUGAGAGGGAUCUUUUGGAGCGGUAUUCAGUGAAGAAUGGUUACAAGAAGAAGUGGAAGCAGAAGCAGGGAGGGAAGAUAUCAUUGAGCACUGCACAGUACACAUUCACAAAAAAUAAUAAUAAUUGGAAACCACCAACAGAAGCAGAUUCAGAACUGGAAAAGAGCUUAAAGAACUUCUACUGUCUCCUGCAUUAAAGAACUUCUUGAGUUCAGACCUUUGGAAUACCAAGGAAGGGAUCACUCAGUGGGAGAGAGGAGCUAAUUAGUGUGUUUUGUUGAUCUUUUUUUAUUUAAAAACACAGUGGUUGUGGGUGAGAAUGGUGAACCAGACUAUACAGAUAUUUGCUCGUGUUAAACCGACGAAGAAAACAACCACGGUGUACUCUGUGGAUAAUGAGGAGCAGAGCGGAAGCAGCUUGGAGUUCGUAAUUCCAAGGGAUCUUGCAGAUGGCUUCAUCAAUAACAAGAGGGAGGGCUACAGAUUUAGGUUCCAGCAAGUUUUUGAUCAAACAGCCAAGCAAGAGGAGAUCUUUGAGGCGAUUGCAAAGCCCGUGGCUGAUACUGUGCUGGCAGGGUACAAUGGUACAAUCUUUGCCUAUGGACAGACCAGCAGUGGAAAGACAUUUACCAUCACGGGUGGUGCUGAGCGCUACGGUGACCGAGGAAUCAUCCCCAGAACGCUGUCCUACUUGUACCAGCAUAUCGGCCAGGACCACAGCAUGGUGUAUACUAUGCACAUAUCCUACCUGGAGAUCUACAAUGAGGUGGGAUACGACCUUCUGGAUUCACGACAUGAAGCAUCCAAUCUGGAGGAUUUACCGAAGGUGACCAUAAUGGAAGACACUGAGCAGAACAUACACCUCAAGAAUCUGUCAUUACAGCCAUCAGCCAGUGAAGAACAGGCUCUGAAUCUGCUUUUCCUUGGCGACACCAAUCGCAUGAUUGCAGAGACCCCAAUGAAUCAGGCCUCCACACGCUCUCACUGCAUUUUCACCAUUUACCUGUGCAGCCGUGAGCCGGGAUCAGCCACGUUACGUCGCUCCAAGCUACACCUGGUGGACCUGGCUGGCUCUGAGAGGGUGGGAAAGACUGGUGUGGGGGGCCAGAUACUCACUGAGGCCAAGUACAUCAACCGGUCUCUGCACUACCUUGAGCAGGUCAUCACAGCUCUGUCAGAGAAGAAUCGCUCUCACAUUCCUUACCGAAACUCCAUGAUGACCUCUGUGCUCAGAGACAGUCUGGGGGGCAACUGCAUGACCACUAUGAUCGCCAUGGUGUCCGUGGAGAAGAGGAAUGUUGAUGAGUCGAUCUCCACCUGCCGUUUUGCUCAGAGAGUGGCCAUGAUUAAAAACGAAGCUGUCGUCAAUGAGGAGCUGGAUCCAGCACUAUUGAUCAUUCAUCUGAAGAAGGAGAUCCAGUUCUUAAAAGCGCAGAUAGCUUUGAUGACUACAGAGCAAAGCAGUGAUGAGCUGACUCAAGAAGAGAUCCAGAGACUUGAAGACCAGAUUAAGGUGUUUCUUGAUGACCCUGACCCUGAAGCAUUUCUGGACCUAGGAACAGAUCUGAGAAAAAUCCAGCACAGCUUUUCUUCCUUUAAGGCGAAGCUGCAGGAGAAACUGAGUAAUCCGACUGGAGAUAGUGAUAUCAGUCAUCUCCCGUCAUCAAGCAUCGCAGACGGGCCAAGCAGCCCAGCCAACAAAGAGCUGCUCAAACUGAAGGACACGCUAACCCAGCGUGACAAUGAGAUCCGUAUUCUGCUGAGCAUGCUGAAGAAAGAGAAGCAGACGUUUCAAGAAGGCAAAGCUCAAUUAGCAAAACUCAGCAGCUCCCAAAGCUCACUUCAGCCACCAUCCUCUAGCACUCCCGCUGAGAGAGGAUUAAAGCAGGAAGCUUCAGAGGACGCCAUACAUGCUGAACAUGCAAAAUGCAGGCAAGAUGGAGCAGAGUUGUCUAUGGAACAACAGGAGGCAUUUGAAAUAUUUAGGCGUGAGCAUGAGGAUAAUAUAACUUUUGAAGACAACAAGAUCAUACUGAAACAGAGGAUUGCAAAAGCUAAGAAACUGGGUAAGCAGCUUCAGCAGGCCUGGAGCAGUGUCGCUGAGUUGAAGCAGCAGUUGGAGACUAGAAGGAUGCGGAUGGCAGCGCAGGGUGUAACGGGGAACCAGACAAAUACAGAAUCAGAUCCUGUAGAGCAGAAACUCCGAAACCAGCUUGAAGAAGAGACGAGAAAUUAUAGGAGCACAUUUGAACAUUUAAAAGGCUUGAAGCCGGAGGUCGACCAUCUACGGCACAUACAUGAGAAAUUAAAGCUCAAACUGCAGAAGGACUUCCAGGACUACUGGACUCAGGAAGCAGCAAGGCCACAGCAGAAUCAAUGCUCAGAGAAUACAAGAGCAGGGCGGAGCCAGGACAGCGCUCCCCGUCCUUCCUCAUCCAGUUCACUGCUUGAUCACCACAUCAAUAACCAAGACCGAGCACACCAGCCUACUCCGCCUACAAGAGAGCUGAGAGACUUGUCCUCUGCUGACCUUGCUUCAAGACCUAUCCCACUGACUGGGGACCCAAAGGUUGAUGCAGAUAUAUUGGCCUUCAUCAAAGCCAGAGAUGAGCUGCUCGCCAGAACAGAGUCGCAGGCAAGGUGCAGCCUAUCCCAGCUGACUACAGGAGAAAAGAUCCAGAAAGAGUGGAAUGAGGCGGGAGUCACAGCUUCAAAAACCACCACAUUCAGACGCAUCCGGGAGAUGGGCUACAACUGUCGGGUUCCUUGGGUCAAGCCACUUCUGAACCUGAGCCAACGUAGGAAGCGUCUCAACUGGGCCAAGGAGAAGGAGGACUGGACUGUUGGCCAGUGGUCCAAGGUCCUCUUUUCCGAUGAAAGUGUGCCUUUCAUUCGGGAAUCAAGGUCCAAGGGUUUGGAGGAAGACGGGUGA